CUACAACUAAUUAAAAAAACAUUAUGUGUUUAUAAUGUAAGUGUUGCGGAAAAUUCAAACGCUUCCUGACUUUAAUACAAUGUGUUUUACAGUGGACAACUCAGACAGUAAAUUUUUAGUAAUCUCCUUUCCGACUGUUCUGAAGGCACCAUGAGUCCAGCCGAAAGAGCAGCAACCAUCCGCAUCAACCAGCGUUCAUUCAGUGAGUGGUCGCUACGUGGAGAACAACAGGCUACCUCCGUCAGUCCUGUGAUGCUGCAAAGCUAUGGGACAAAAGUAAACAAAAAAAAAAAAAAAAACAAGCUUGCUUUGUGACAAAGAGCCAUAAAAACAACAACAUGGGAUCUUAAGGAGAACUUGCUCCCUUAUCUUUAUUAUUUAUUUGAGUACUUUGAACUUUGAAUAUUUAUAGUAAAUUAUUACAGACCGUGUUAGAAACUGGUACAUGAGGAAAGGUGAUGUUCUUGUUUGCUGAGUUAAGUCACCACUAUUGUGCUGUAGUGGCUUUGGAGGAAAAUAUGUCCCUGAUGCUGUGCUGUGAUAGAGAUACCCUGUGACAGACCAACGCUGCUGUCAAUACAAAAAUGGAGAACAAAACAUGCACAUAACCAAAGGCAGUUGUUCCCCCCAAGUCCUUCAACCAGGGCGGUCUGUGCUCCUGCACCCAGCCCUGCAGCAUCUCUGCCUUUGUGUCCUCACCUGGCACUAGUCAUCGACUGACCCGAGAUACUAGCUUAACCAUGACUUCAUCCGACCAUGAUGAAACGGGGAGCGACUUGUCUGAGUGUCUGGAAAUCCGUGAGCUCCAGGACCAGUACACGGACCCAGAGAACUCUUUUAAAUCCAAAAGCUUACCUAUCCUGAAUGGACCUUGUCAGCCAGAAUGCAAGGGUGGGGAGCAUCGACUGGUCAACACAACCCACACCUGUGUGGCCGUCGAUGAGUGCGAAAUGCUUCAGCCAAAAACCCCAGACUCGAGCCAAGCAGAUUCCCCUUCGUCCAGACCAGAUUUCUCUCCCUCAGACUCUAGCAUGGUGGGGCUCAGCAGCUCUAUGCCCGUGGAGGGUCACAGACCCGGUGCCUCUGGGGGAAACAAGCUUGGGUUUUCUCUCUCUCGCCUUAUACACAUCCCAGCUAGAAAGUAUGUGCGAGUCAUUCUUAGGGACUCUCGCUGCUUCCUGUUCUGCAUGUGCUACCUGACCUUCAUACAGUCCCUGAUGGUGUCAGGCUACCUGAGCAGUGUUAUCACCACCAUUGAGAAGCGCUACAGUCUUCGCAGCUCAGAGUCCGGCCUGCUUGUCAGCUGUUUCGACAUCGGCAGCUUGCUGGUGGUGGUCUUCAUCUCUUACUUUGGUGGCAGAGGUCAGAGACCGCGCUGGCUGGCUGUGGGUGGUGUGGUCAUCGCUGUAGGGGCAGGGUUGUUUUCUCUGCCCCACUUCAUCUCACCACCGUAUCAGAUCCAGGAGAUGAACUCAUCCACUGGUCAUGAAGGUCUCUGUCAGAGCAGUAACAGCAGUGGACGAGAACUGCUGGAUGUUGCAUCUUGCCCUCGUGACCUGGAGGGCAACGAUCACAACCUGUACGUGGCUCUUUUUAUCUGCGCCCAGAUACUCAUAGGCAUGGGCUCGACGCCGAUCUACACGCUGGGGCCCACUUACCUCGACGACAAUGUGAAGAAAGAAAAUGCAUCUCUUUACCUGGCUAUCAUGUAUGUGAUGGGAGCCCUCGGACCUGCAGCUGGCUACCUGCUGGGUGGUGUCCUCAUCGGCUUCUACGUCGACCCCAAAACUGUAGUGAACAUCGAUCAGAGCGACCCUCGCUUUGUUGGCAACUGGUGGAGCGGCUUUCUCUUGUGUGCCAUAGCCAUGCUCCUGGUGAUCUUCCCCAUGUUUGCCUUUCCCAAAAAGCUGCCUCCACGGCACAAAAAGAGGAAGAAGAAAAAGAUUGGCUCUCCUGGUGAUGUGUCCAGCGAUGACGACGUGAUGAAGGAAAAGUCGAGCAGCAAAGGCCAGAACGUCUCCUCCUCCAUGGGCUUCGGAAAGGACAUCAAAGACCUCCCUAAGGCAGCUCUGAGGAUCCUCAGCAACAUGACCUUCCUCUUCGUCAGUUUGUCCUACACGGCUGAGUGUGCCAUCGUCACCGCUUUCAUCACCUUUAUUCCAAAAUUCAUUGAGUCACAGUUUGGUAUCCCUGCCUCAAAUGCCAGCAUCUACACGGGUGUCAUCAUUGUACCCAGUGCUGGAGUGGGCAUCGUGCUGGGAGGCUACAUCAUCAAGAAGCUGAAGCUGGGGGCCAGAGAGUCGGCCAAGCUGGCCAUGAUCUGCAGCGGGGUCUCUCUGCUCUGCUUCUCCACACUCUUCAUCGUGGGCUGCGAGAGCAUCAAUCUGGGAGGAAUCAACAUUCCCUACAGUUGCAGUCCGACCUUGACGAUGACCCACAGGAACCUGACGGGCGGCUGCAACGUGAACUGUGGCUGUAAAAUCCACGAAUACGCGCCUGUUUGUGGCUCUGACGGCAUCACCUAUUUCAACCCCUGUCUGGCUGGAUGCAGCAACGUGGGCAAUGACAGCACGGGGAUAAGGAACUACACCGACUGUGCCUGCGUGCAGAGCAGACAGGUCAUCACUCCGUCCUCUGGUGGUCAGGUCAACCAACUGCAGCUAGUCAUUGUUAAAACCUACCUGAAUGAGAACGGUCACGCUGUGUCGGGGAAGUGCGACCGCACCUGCAACACGCUCAUCCCCUUCCUCAUCUUCCUCUUCAUCGUCACCCUCAUCACUGCCUGUGCCCAGCCCUCUGCCAUCAUCGUUACACUCAGGUCUGUUGAUGAGCAGGAGAGGCCGUUUGCUCUCGGGAUGCAGUUCGUCUUGCUUCGAACUCUGGCCUACAUCCCUACACCAAUCUACUUCGGUGCUGUGAUUGACACCACGUGCAUGCUGUGGCAGCAGGACUGUGGCGUGCACGGCUCCUGCUGGGAGUACGACGUCACUUCCUUCCGCUUUGUCUACUUUGGCCUAGCCGCGAGCCUUAAGUUCGUUGGCUUCGUCUUCAUCUUUCUGACCUGGUAUUCGAUCAAGCACAAAGAGGACCGAGCGGAGCGCUGGCGCCAACACUUGCCUCCGCUGGGAACAGUCAGUGAGCUCAUCUGCCAUGCUGGCGGCCACAAAAGCCACGCCCGCACACGCUCCUGUCCCGUCUUCAUCCCACCCCGGCCUGACCCUCCUGCUGCCCAGCUGCUCAACCAUGGCCACAGCAGUCUCAGCUGCCCUGGCAACACCCUCAAAGCAAUAACCCCGCCCAUCCUCCUGCCACACCAGCAUCAUCACAACAGGGGCUCUGCCCACGUCUGAGAGUGUGCUGACCCUUGCUGUGGGGCUCCACAAUGACUCAUGUGCCUUUCUGUUUGUGUUUGUCAACCUCAUAGUGUCUACAUUUCAUCAAUCAGACACCAGGGCCAGGACUUCAGUGCUGCUGUUGGACUGAUCGGCGCAGACACAAGGAUGACCACCCCAAACAAAGGGCUGUUUAUCAUGGUUCAUGGUAACAGGAAACAGACAAAUGUACUCUGACUCGGAGCAUAUCAUCAGCCACAGCUGCACAGAAGGCCACACCUUUUCUAUUAGGAUUGGAUGACGCAAAGACCUCACAUGGUGCUAGGGUUAAAGGGCAAGGAUUUAGAAUCUCACAAUCACGAUCACUACAACUACGUUGAAAGCACAACUGACAAAAACCUGUACUAUGCAAGAUCCUGUGUACAGUUCCUCCCUUCUCAGUACUGUACAGCUCUGUACAUCUCUGUUUUUCUUACCUAUAUCUCUCUUCUUCUUCUCAGUCUUCUUCUACGCCGUCUUCUUCAUCUCGGCUCAGCUCACACAUCCACUGUGUUGUGUAAUUCAGCAUCACAUUUCUCCUUCUCACCACCUGAGAACAUAACAAUAUCAUCACUAUAACUCCCAUUUUAGCCAUUACUGAACUAUUUGGUAAAAUCAUGUUUUUUUCUAAACCAUAGAAAUGACUAAAUGAGAUUUAAAAGAAACUCACCUCUUCUUUUCUUAACAGUGCCUCUGAGGCUUUUUUGGCCAGUCCAGUUCAACAGAGCUAGCUAUCAGGGUAAAUGCUAGCUAGUGAUAAAGCCAGUCACUGUCCUUUCAGCUAUGUAUCAGUAUUGAGCUUUGUUCCUCAUAGUUUUGGCAACACUGUACCUUGGCAGAUUUAUUUAACGUGUAGCUUAAAGCUGAUGAGCACCAAUGGCACACUGUACUGGGCUGUCACUUUUCAUACUCAGUGCAAACAUCUGUUUAAGCAUCAGUUCAGAAGUUUAAAUUCAGGGUAAAUUCAAGGCUAAGUUAGCCAGACACCACACUGGCUAAUAACAAAUGCAGCACAAUUCUAUUUUGUCAGCAAGGAUACUUAAACAGUUUUCAAAUGCUACACCAAAGCAUCUACAUUCUGCUGACCAUUCAUUCUGCUGCUUUAUCUGUAGUGUUUGUCAGUAUCUAUUAAUGUCUGUUACUAUUUUGGCACAUUGAUAUCCAAUUACAAGCACAGAGGAAAGAAGUGAAGUCCGGUGUGAGGACGACUUGGGUUUAUGUUUUGGGUACAUGCAAACUUUACUUCAUCCCAAAAUCUUCAGAAGUUAAAGGUGUUUGACAUUGACUUUAUAAAAAGUGACAGCCCUUCUGAGUAUUGACUUCGUACUGAGUCUUGUCAGUGAGCAAGAAAUCUUUUUUUUUUAACCUACUUUACUUUCAGUUGCCAGCAGGUGAUAGUAACAGACUGGUGCUUUACCUCGGACCGUGUGCUGAAGCUACUGUACGUCCAAUAAGAUGUGAAAACAGAAAGUUGAUUUAUGUUAAAAUUGCGUGGAAUUACCUUUAAAAAAAACAACAUCAAACAAACAAAUCUGAUUCCUGUUCAGAAACUAAUCAAUUAUCUGUAGCCAAUCAAUUGCAUCUUGUCGGCUUUGCACUGUAAUGGCUUCUCCAUUCUAAUAGUCAUCAGAUGUACAUAAUAGUUAACAAGUAGUCUAGGCUUUAACAAAUUAUAGUUCAGCAAAAGCAAGCAUGAAAAUCAACUGAUGCCACUUUUUGAAACAAGACGUUAGUGUUUCGGUUGGUGGAUCUUGGAUGCCCUCUUGUGGAAAGAGAGAGGACAUUUAAAACUCAAGUAAAUACUCCAUAAUGGAACAGCUGAAGAUGGAACUGAAACUAAAAGGCACGUUUCGCAAAUAAAUCACAAGGUGAUCUGCAGCUUUUGACAUUUUCUUCUGCAGACCACGUGACUACAGCUAUUUUUUAAAUGCAAUUCUUUAGCAGUACAGUCUUCAGAGUCAAAUGCAUUAGGGCAACUGCUAACCCUUAAUGCCAUGUAUUUGUUUUAUCUUGGGUUUAUUUUUGACAGGGGGGGCAAAGAAAUUCAAGUUUUGCCUAAUUUAAGCUAAAAAAAAAAAUCAUUAAAAGCAAAACGAUAUUAAAUUAAAUGUGGCACAUAGAAAAUCAUGUUUUUCUUGUGAGCCAAAUUAUGCUGGUAUAUAUUUUUUAUUUAUCAAUGUGACUUUAUUUUAAUGAUUUAAAGAGGAUUUAGGAGAUGUGAUGAAGUGAAUUUGUUUCUAAAACCUUUUUUUGGACAGUUUUUGUCAGUUUAUCGAUUAAAACGGGCCAUAAGCAGUGAUUAAUUUUUUGCAUUAUUCAUACAGUAAGUGAUCAUCGUGUAAAUAGUGAAUUAAACAUAUUAGCAAGCUCAGUGAUAUAUAGAUAUGUAUUUAUGAACUAACCCACUACAAUGUAGUUUAAACAAAGUACAAAAAAAAAAAAAAAAAACUGGAUUUGUGUCAUGGUGCCUCGAAAAGUUUUUUUUUUUUAAAUGGGUGGAGUUCACAUGAUGCCAGUGGGAAGUGAGAGUUCAGGUUUUAAAAAGUAUUUCUUCUGGUAAAGUACACACAAGUAUGUUAACUUAAAAAAGAACGUGUACUCAUGAUGGCCACCUGAAAAAAAAAAAGGAAACAGAAUUUCCAAUUUGAGGUUUGUUUGUUUUUUCAAAUAGAAAAUCAGUUCAACCUCAAAGAAAGUAUUCAAAGUUGUGAAAUCAUGUAGCUUCUUCCCCUUUCUCCUAAACCUAAAAUGCUCUUACAAUGUAUUGUACCGUAGCACUGAACAACUGAUCUGUAACUGUACACCUCUACAGCAGUGCUUCUCAACCACUGUGCCACAGCACAUUUGUGUGACACUACAGAAGUGUGAAAUAGUAUCCGAUUUCACUUAAUAUGUCUGAAAACUUUUAUUUAUUGCCAACAAUUUGUCGUGGUCUGUGCGGCAGUGAUAGGCAGGACAGUUAAAUACUCUUUCACUAGGUAGCAGCAGAUGGCUAUUAAAAGUUAAAGACAAGCUUUAAGCAGUUGAAGAUCCUUAUGUGUCUUUCUUCAAUUCCUGCAAGUACAUCCGCUUUGUGUUCAACUAAUCAGGCCUGUGUGUCACUGAAUAAGUAAACUGUUUGUAAAUUGAAACUAAAAGAUAACUAUAUUUUAUUUUAUGUCUUUUAGGACCUUUUUAAAAAUUCAAUUAAAACAUUUACAUUUUUCUAAUGUCAAAUCUGUGCUAUGGCCCAAAAAAGGUUGAGAAACAUAGCUCCACAGCAUUAAAUACAACCAAAUUGAUACAACAAUAACA